UUGCAGAGCUACAGGAAAAACUUUUGUGUGAUUUUUGUUUUUUUUUGUGCUUUUCAGGACUUGUGCAGCAGUCAUUAUGGUGCUAGCGCUUCUGUAUGGGCGCUACAAAAAACAUUAACAAAUUCUUCAAAAUGUAUUCAUAAGCUGCAUACGCUACCAUGCCAUAAUAUACUGACGAGUGGGUAUGCGCAGGAGCUGUACCAGUCGAAACGCGUUGCGCCAAGGAGCUGUGGUGGCUUGUUUGGCGCUCCGAUGCCCUACGAACAUAUUACAUCUGAACGGGAUGUCCGUGCACCGCAAGUUACGAACGAUAUGCUGAAGCGUCAUUACAGUGGUAAG